CCCGGCUUCGCUCCCUAUUUAGGCAUCCCAUUCGGUCUAGGACGAAAACGAGCUGCUGGAAUUACCACUAAAGAAUGUAGAAAGGUUGGCAGUAUCUACUGAAACACAUUUCGCCUUUAAGCCGUUAAAUGAGCGAGUAAUCUGGGCGCUUUGUGUAUUGAUUUGUGUUUAAUUCGCUUCGGAAUUGGAAGUUGACGCAGCGAGUUGAGUCCGGACUCAGGACUCCGGGAUACCGCAGCUGGAGUGUCCGUCCAUCCCCAGACUUCAGGACAGGAUCCUGAAUGAAAUGAGCACUCAUGGACCGCAUGAAAAUAAUUAAGAGACGUUUGUCUAUGAGCCUGCGCAGUGCCCGGCCGGUAGACGAAAACCUGUCCGAGCUCACGGAGAACGCUGGUGCGGACGAAUCGGCGGCGUCGCAGGAAAAUGAGCCAGUGGUUUGCCCCGUGCCCCCUCCCGCAUCCCAAAGUGCCCCUUCGUUCUUGCGCCACUACGCAGGAGGUUUGGGGCGCGGAGCGAUGCGUAGAGACGGCCUGGACCGACCCUACCUUUCCCUUCACCGGACUGGCUCUCUCGGCGUAGUUCAUGAAAAUGUGAAGAUGGGCUCAGACGGAGAGAGUGAUCAUGCUUCAGGUACCUCAUCUGACGAGGUACAAAGUCCUGUCAGGGUUCGGAUGCGCAACAACCAUUCGCGGCGCAUCUGCAGCGAGGACAUUAAUAAGCGCCUCUCACUCCCGGUGGAUAUCCGAUUACCAGAGGGAUACCUGGAAAAGUUUGCUAUGAACAGUCCACCCUUCGACAAACCCCUGAGUCGGAGGCUGCGCCGGGCGUCACUGUCUGAAAUUGGCUUUGGGAAACUGGAGACUUACAUCAAACUGGACAAACUCGGAGAGGGAACCUAUGCGACAGUGUAUAAGGGUCGCAGCAAACUGACUGAUAACCUGGUGGCUCUGAAGGAGAUUCGGCUGGAGCAUGAAGAGGGCGCACCAUGCACCGCUAUUCGAGAAGUGUCCCUCCUGAAGGAUUUAAAACACGCCAACAUCGUCACUCUCCAUGAUAUAAUCCACACAGACAAGUGCCUAACACUCGUCUUUGAGUACCUGGACAGAGAUCUGAAGCAGUACAUGGACGACUGUGGGAGCAUCAUGUGUGUCCACAAUGUUAAAAUCUUCCUCUUUCAGCUGCUACGAGGACUGGCGUACUGCCACCACCGGAAGGUUCUACACAGAGACUUGAAACCCCAGAAUCUCCUCAUUAACGACAGGGGGGAGCUCAAGCUGGCUGACUUUGGUCUGGCUCGGGCCAAGUCUGUGCCCACUAAGACGUACUCCAACGAGGUGGUCACUCUUUGGUACAGACCACCGGACGUGCUGCUAGGAUCAACAGAAUACUCUACUCCUAUUGACAUGUGGGGGGUGGGUUGUAUAUUCUACGAGAUGAUCACAGGACGGCCUCUUUUCCCCGGAUCCACAGUAGAAGACGAGCUGCAUCUCAUCUUCCGGAUCCUGGGCACUCCCACUGAGGAGUCCUGGCCGGGCGUCUGUACCAAUGAAGAAUUCAAAUCCUUUAACUUUCCUCGAUAUCGUCCUGAGCCUCUUGUCACUCAUGCUCCCAGGAUCGACACUGACGGCAGCGACUUAAUGGCUCAGUUAUUACAGUUUGAAGCGCGGCGGCGGAUCUCGGCGGAAGAGGCUCUCAGACACCCCUAUUUCAGGAGUUUGGGGGGGCAAGUUCAACAUCUGCCUGACACUGCCUCCAUCUUCUCAGUAAAGGAGAUGCAGCUUCAGAAGGACCCAGGAAAACGUUCCGUACCGUACUCAGAACCAGGUCAGGGGAAAUCCCGCCGGCAGAGCGUAUUGUUUUAAGGACGAGAUGCACCUGAGGACGUCACACACUCGGACCACCACCCCACCAACGGCAGACAAAAAUACAAACAAACACUGACAAGAAAAUCCCGGUUCCUGCACCGCCGGGGAAACGAACAGCGCAACGAACGAGCGCUGGCUGAGGACGUGCACACACUACACCGCCAAGAAGAAGGAUGGAACAACACACACACACACACACACACACACAUCGUGAACGUAAGAAGCAAUCACAGCCCUGUUCUUCCGUUUAUUCUCCUCCUUGAGGGGAUUUUUGGGAUCGCGAAGGAGACAAAUCAAGAAUUUCUGUCUCGCUCGGACGGACGGGAUCGCAUGACUUUUAUUUUGGAGCGUUUCUGUUUUCGGAUCAGAAGAGGAGUCGAAGCUGCAGUCACCCUUGACAUUCCGUCCUGCUCUUCCACGCAGGAUUUGUUCCCCUAAAUGUUAGCGCUAUACCUCAGUCACGUCCGAACCCCCCCAGCCUUCCCUCGCCCCUCAUAUCCGUGCAUGUAUGUAUGUAUGUAUGUAUGUAUGUAUAUAAACACGCUGGGGCGGUCAGGAUUAGCCGGGUGAUUAGUUCCGACCCUACCCGCCCCCCUCACUGCUACGCCGGUACGAACCGCGGUACGAACUGAGUACUAAUUAUUUGCACCUUACACUGUAGAGCUCAGGCUUCAUUACAUCCAUAACGAACCUCCGACCUCGGGGAGAGGAAACGGACGCGACGCGAAGAUCUCUUUAGUCUGCACUGUAGGACGUUUCCUGAACCUUUCGGACUCUGAUGUUAAGCAUGCACUUUCUGGAUGAGCAGAGGUAUUCUACUACUGACUGUCGCCGCAGGAAUGGGUAUUACACGACUGAAUGGUAUUGUGCUACUUCCAGGCGCUGGGCGGGAGGUGGAUUUGGCGCUGUGUAGGAGUGAUGGGAGUUUUACAGUUAUGCUAUAUGAUCGAAAGUAUUUGGACACCUGAUUGCGAGCUCUGUGUGACCUUGUCAGCUAAAACAACAGCUUUUAAACAAGUAGUGUGUCUGUGUGUGGGAAUUUGUGCCCCUGUGCACAAAGCAAGCUCUAUGAAGGCAAGGACCUUCCCUAAACUGACUUCCUUUAUAUAACUGACUUAUUACACCUGUAAUUAAAAGGGGUGUCCAAAUACUUUUGUCCAUAUACCAUACGUGCAAUAGUUCGCAUCCCUCUCAGAUUAAACGUAAGAACAGGGAAGACCAGGAGGCCGACAGCAGGUCGACGCGAAUAGUGCAGGUCUGAUCCAAACUAGAGCCGCGUUCCAUUCCACACGGCCCCUAGGAGGCGCCCUUGUGUUCCCUACACACUAAUCACGUGAACUCGGCUAUAAGGGAACCUCAGGGGGUUGAAUCCCUUAAUUUGGGACGCCCUCCGACCUCAAGAUGAGCGCUCUAUCUCAUGAGAACUAACCUGGCUUAGUUUAGGCGUUCCUAAUAAAGCGCCCUGUCCCUGUGAUCAUCAUUUCCCCCCAAACCUCUGUCCUCCUUAUAGCUGAUACUUCGGCGCAUUUCCCGUAUGUAGGGGGCGCCACGGCAGAUCCGGUCCUCAUAUCAGACUCGGUACAGUGUGUACCCCGGAUGCCCUUCCUGACACAACCCUCCUAUCUCUAUCCGGACCUGGGACCUGCACUGAGAGCGCACCCACAUAUGCACCACCCACUCGUAACAGAGCUCAGAUUCGAACCCGGAUCCCCGGAUCUCUGCGCUAGUGAGCUAGCAGUUAAUACAGUUGAGUUACGUGCGCGUCGGGACGCCGGGGAAUGAAGCCAUAGAAGUAGCAUAAAUACAAUCAUAACAAGCAUCUCACGCAGAACUGUGUUUACUUUAUCGCUUCGCAAUACUUUCUAACUUAUUACUGAUAUAUUUGUUAAGCAAUACGAGAGAGAACUUGAUUCCCGAUGAUUCCAUCACGUUUACAUGCUGAAACGUGUCACUAAUGAUGCACUGAACAGACGUCAGUUACAUUCGGCCUAAAAAAAUAUCAUAAAUGUGGUUAAAUAAUAAUCCUGCAUCCA